UUUUGUAGAUGCUGAUGUACGUUGCUAUUUUUUAUUUAUUAUUAUUAUCAUUAGAAGGCUAAAGGCUUUUACUUGAUAUUAAAGUAGGUAUACAGUUUAAAGUAGGUAUAAAGUAGUAGGUAUAGGUAUAAAGUAGGAGUCUGACUAACAUCUCAUUUAACAGGUUUCAAAUAGAAUGGCCUAUAAAAUUUUCCUACAAAAAGAGAACAUAUGUCCUGACUCUUUCUGCACACAGUCAAAGACAACCUUACUUGAGCAUGCAAGCAAUGAGGGGAAUUUCUCCCAGUCUGAUACCCGGGAACAGCAAGAGAGAUCGAACAUCUGCACAUCACAGACAACCUUACUUGAGCAUGCAAGCAAUGAGGGGAAUUUCUCCCAGUCUGAUACGUGGGAACAGCAAGAGAGAUCAAACAUCUGCACAUCACAGACAACCUUAAUUGAGCAUGCAAGCAAUGAGGGGAAUUUCUCCCAGUCUGAUACCCGGGAACAGCAAGAGAGAUCGAACAUCUGCACAUCACAGACAACCUUACUUGAGCAUGCAAGCAAUGAGGGGAAUUUCUCCCAGUCUGAUACGUGGGAACAGCAAGAGAGAUCAAACAUCUGCACAUCACAGGAGCCGCAUGAUGGUGAUGAGUUGCUGUAUCCUGGAUCAUCUCUUACCAAAGGCCAGAGUUUGCUGCUGUUGAUGUCAUAUGUGUUGCGACAUAAUCUAACAGGAGUUGCCUUACAACAUCUCUUAAAAGUGUUUAAUGAACAUUUUCCAGGAUUGGUACCAGAAACUGUAUACCUGUUUAACAAAUGCUAUGGUGAGUUUGGACAUUACGAGCCUCAUUUUUACUGUGUGUCAUGUUGUAACUACUUGGGAACAAGAGAGAAAAGCCCACUGAAUUGUGGUGUCUGUCAUGCAACAUUUCAGGCAGAUGAUAAUAUGAAAAAUGGCUCUUUUUUUCUAGCAUUGAGCUUGUCAUCACAGCUCAAAGACAUUCUUGAAAAUCCAAAUGUAACAUUGUCAAGGCAGACUACAUCUGAGAAAGAUGUUCUAAAUGACAUACAGUGUGGAGCUGAAUAUAUAAAAUGUCAAUUAGGUGAAUAUGACAUUAGCUUACUGUGGAAUUGUGAUGGAAUUCCUGUUUUCAAAAGCUCAAAGUAUCAGGUGUGGCCCAUUCAAUGUCAAGUGAUUGAACUACAACCAAAGGACAGAAAAAACAAUAUCUGUGUGCCAUGCAUUUGGUUCGGGGAAAGGAAACCUAUAAUGUCUGUUUUGCUAACCCCUUUUGUAAAUGAGCUGUGUUCUUUAGAGAGGGACGGAUUAAUCUGGAAAGACUCAAGAAAUGUUGAGCAAAUUUCAAAGGUGUAUGCACUUAUUUGUAGCUCAGACUCAGUUGCCCGCCCACUCCUAAGAAACUCAAAACAGUUCAAUGGACAAUAUGGGUGUGAUUUCUGUUAUCACAUUGGUGGAGGUCCUUAUCCAUAUCGAAGACCAGAGCCGCUUCUCAGAUCUGAAACAGAACAUUAUGACCAUGCUAUGGCAGCUACCGUACAACUUCCAGUCAAGGGUGUUAAAGGCCCAUCCGAAAUAAUGAGAUUAGAAAAGUUUCAGAUGAUUAAUGGCUUUGUCCCAGAAUAUCAGCAUAGUGUUUGUCUUGGUGUCACUCGACAACUGGCAACUCUGUGGCUGGACUCCACCAAUCACAACAAAGAGUGGUACAUAGGCACGAAAGCAGACAUAAUUGACCAAGAACUGCUGAAUAUAAAACCUCCAGUAGAGAUAACAAGAACACCCAGGUCAUUAAAAGACAGGAAAUAUUGGAAAGCAUCAGAAUGGCGGUCAUUUCUUCUUUUCUAUUCUUUGCCCAUUCUUAAUGGUGUUCUAAUGAAGAAAUAUUGGAACCACCUUUUUCUUUUAGUAUUUGCUUUGCAUAUACUUCUUCAACAGCAGGUGAAAAUCUGUGAAGUCAGUGUAGCGGAAAUAGCACUGAAGAAGUUUGUGAUCCAGUUUGAGAUGCUGUAUGGUAUUAAGAAUGUGUCAUUCAAUGUACAUCUGUUGACACAUCUUGCAGAAAGUGUUAGGAACUGGGGUCCUUUGUGGGCAACAUCAACAUUUUCAUUUGAAUCUUUCAAUGGUACUUUAUUAAAGUACUUCAGUGGUACUACGCAUGUUCCUGUUCAAAUAGUGAAGACAUUCCUUAGGUGGAAGAGUCUGCGAAAAAGGGUGGAAAAAUGUGUAGUCAACACAAACGAUAAACUAAAAGAACUCUUCUCCCAAAUUCAAAAUAGUAAUUCCAUGAGUUGUAAAGCAAAAAAUCUGACUGGAAAUGUCACAGUGUUUGGUCCUCUUCAUGACACUGUAUGUGCAUCACACAUCUUUGCCGUUGAAGAAUUGAAUGGUGGUAUAGUAUGUAACUGUUCAUCCUACAGUCGUUUCCUAAUUGGUGAGACACUCUAUCACGCAGAAGGUUACAGCAGAUUACAGAAACGAAAUAAUUCUAUUGCAGAAUUAAAAGAUGGGACGUUAUGUAAAGUCUUGAGCUUCGUUUCUUAUGAAACUGAAAGGAACAGUGCCUCAGACACAGAUGAAAAAAAUUGCUGUGUAGUCGUGCAGAAGCUUGUGAAGUCAAGAAGACCGUUGUGUAGGGACAUUCAACUGAAUAUUUCAUCCAAAUUUGUGUAUGAGGUGUCUGAAACCAAUUAUGUCUAUGCUGUGAAAACUGACUCAUUUAAAAGAAAAUGUGUAAUGGUAAAAUUACAGGACAGUACAUUUGUCAUACCUCUCCCAAAUAAUGUAGAAAGGGACUGAAUGGUGUGAUUAGAAUAUAAUACAAUCUAGUUCUACACCAUCUGAAAUAUGAUUUUGUAGAUUUGUAAAUGUGCUUCAAGCUAAAUGCUUUCUCUGACUGUAUAGAAAUGUUACAACAAUCCAUUGUAUAACUGUUCUUUAAAUGUAAAGUCUUGAGCUUAAUUUCUUAUUAAACUGAAAGGAACAGUGCCUCAGACAGGGAUAGUGGAAAGAAUUGCUGUGUAAUUGAACAGAAGCUUGUGAAGUCAAGAAGACCUUUGUGUAGGGGAAUUCAAUUGAAUAUUUCAUCCAAAUUUGUGUAUGAGGUGUCUGAAACCAAUUAUGUGUGAUGUAUGCUAUGUAUGCUGUGAACUCUGACUCAUUUAAAAGAAAAUGUGUAAUGGUAAAAUUACAGGACAGUACAUUUGUCAUACCUCUCCCAAAUAAUGAAUGGGACUGAAUGAUGUGAUUAGAAUACAAUACAAUCUAUUUCUACACCAUCUGUAACAUGCUUUUGUAUAUUUGUAAAUGUGCUUUAAGCUAAAUGCUUUUUUGGACUGUAAAUUUUAUAACAAUCCUUUGUAUAAAAUACUUUGUCGUUUAAAUACUCAAUGUAAUCAAUAAUUAUUUUGUACACAUGUGAAAUAAAACACAUUUCUAAUACAUACUGUACUCCACUCUCAUAAAUGACACUCCUUUAAAAAAAAAAAAAAAAUACUGCAUUGACUCUCUUGUAAAUAGGGUCAUAGAACAGAAACAAAAGAUGAUAAUUUUAACAAUAAUUCCAAUUAAGAACACUUAUUGUAAAAUAGUUUAACAUAUUUAUUAGCCCAAAGUUUAACUAUCAAAACAAUCAAUCUUUAAACAAGUUGUACAUACGAUAAAGAUCAUUUAAGUUUAAUUUAACCGAGUGCACUUUCUAAUGUUUUUUAAACACACUUAAGUAAAUUUUUUAAAUGCACUUUGUGUUAUAAUUGAGUUUUACUUAUACAUUUUUAAUAAAUCAAGUUUUACUUAACAUAAAUCAUUGUUUUUGUUGUACUUCAAGAAGAAA